AUGAUGUCAGCACGAAGCGCCGCUGGCCUCGGUGCCAUGAGGGCCGCCAGCAGGACUACGUGUGUCGUCGGACGGGGGUUCCGCAUCUCGACGAGCACUCGACUUGGUUUGAAGGAGUCGUCCAGCCGUAUGUGCUUGCUCCGCCGACGUGUGCGUACAUCAUGUGAAGAAAUCUCCUUGCUAACCGCGUGCGCGCCCCGUGUAGAGACAGACGCCGACUACGACAGGCACAAGCGAGACUCGCUGGCCAAGCAGAAGAAGGGCGCUGGCCACUGGAAGCCCGAGCUCGCGUCUGACAGCGAGGAGGCCGUCAAGGCGGACCGGGCGUCGUCGGGGCGCGAGGACAUUUCCAGGCUGCAGGAGCGCACGAAGAGGUCUGCCGAGGAGUCGUCCAGGUCGGGGACCAGCGUGCGCGAUGGCAUGUAG